UCGCUUCCGCGGAAGAACCCGUCUCUGCUGUCCCGCUAAAGAUGGAGCUAUCUGCGGCAGGGGACCGUGUGUUUGCCGCUGAGGCCAUCCUGAAGCGCCGCGUCCGCAAGGGACGAAUGGAGUACCUGGUGAAAUGGAAAGGAUGGGCGAUAAAGUACAGCACAUGGGAGCCUGAGGAGAACAUCCUUGAUGAACGACUUGUUGCAGCGUUUGAGCAAAAAGAGCGAGAGCAAGAGAUGUAUGGACCUAAAAAGAGGGGCCCGAAACCUAAAACACUUCUUCUUAAGUCAAGAGCACAAGCUGCAGAAACCUCCCCACGAGUCCAGGAGUUCAAGCACAGUCGUCCGCAGCAGCACUCCAAAUUUACUCCUCCCUCGGCCACAACGUCCUACACCCCCACUGCCUCCUCCAACGCCAAGUUGCAGUCCGGGGCUGCUCAGCCCAAACUAAAGAAAGACAUUCACCGCUGCCAUCGUAUGGCACGCCGCCCCUUGCCCCGUCCCCCCGACUCUGCACAAACAUUCGGUUCCUCCGAUCCUUUCUCAUCCCGGCCAACAGUCAGUCCGUUCUCAGAAACCGUCCGUAUUCUGAACCGCAAAGUGAAACCCCGAGAGGUCAAGAAGGGUCGGGUCAUUCUGAACUUAAAAGUGGUCAACAAGGCUGGGAACGGUGGAGUCGCCAAUAGUAAAAGGACAAACAUGCAAAGCUUCACCCAGCAAUCCCACUUUGGGCGCCAGAAAAUUCCAUCUCGGAAUAGAGUCAUUGGAAAGAAUAGGAGGUUUGGAGAAGGUUCGUACAGAGGAAUCCAGCCCCCCAUUAGUGGUUCUGGAUUCCCUGCAUUUGGAAAACUGUUUGACUCUGCAAGCAAUUCUGAGAGCCAGACUCAAAGCAUAGAGAAUCAUGGUAAUGCAAUCAACAAUGGUCUCUCUUCGUCAUCGACUUUCCCACCACAAAUCCAACCCAAGAAUUCCUCAUUGGCGUCCCAGACCUCACCAACCACUGCCCCAGAUCAGGCCAUCCACAAACUCAACCCUCAACCUGUGGCCUCAAAAAACAGCUCAGAUCUUCUUCCAUCUUCUCCCAUGUUUUCCUCUUCAUCCUCUGCAUCAUCAUCAUCAGAGGAGAAUGAGCACAUCCUUGACCUUUCCGUACCUCAUGAAAUGGACAGGCGAUUGCGGCAUCGCCAUCCCUUCUCUGGUCGUCGGCCACUAAAAGUCCCUGAGGUGCCCGUAUCGGAAGAGCCAUCGGAGGAAGAGAAGGAUUUGGAUUGGCAUCCUGACAUGACAUCCAGAUGUGCCAACGUGGUCGUUACAGACAUUACGGCUAAUCUCUUCACCGUAACGAUCAAAGAAUUCUGUCAUCCACCCUCCGCAACCUCUCCACCCUGCAACCCCAAAAGUAUAUCAUCUCAAAACAACACACAACAGCCAAAAAUUCGUUUGAUAAUAUUUUCCAUUGCGCAUUCAUGUUCCCUAAAGGCUAAAUUUCACCGUUAUCUUUUCUUUCUUUUUUUUUUUUUUUCAUUGCUGAUUUUUUUUGGAACCGCCACCCUGAAGUUCAUUGUUGUCAUUUUGGCCGCCGGGAUGGUGGCGUUUAUUGGAGCGGUCAUCUGCAUCAUCGCUGCGGUCCACAGUGGGUCUCCACCGGCAUCCGCGGCCGCUACACAGCCUCUGGCCGACAACCAGUCGCUGUCACCGGACGCGAGCGGGAAAACGUUUUCCUCAGCCCGGGCAGGACCACUGGACGCUCUCCAUGGUACUGACGCGACAAGUAGGGAUAGAGGGGGACCGGAGGCGCCUACUUUUUACGGUUUAACGGGAGUAGUAACCGGAGGUAGCGAACAGCAGGUCACUUACAGCAGACUAAUCUGCACCCCUGUGCCCGCCGGCGAGUGCAACCCGAAAAACUUUCAGCAACAAGCGGACGACCAGUCGCUUUAUGCGGGAGAGGACUGGGGAUAUCUCCGAACCACAGCCGAGGAGCUCCGGCAAACCGUCCUACAGCAGAAAGACGAGAUUCUCACGGAUCAGAAAACCAUCCGGGAGCUAACCGGAAAACUUUCGGAAUGCGAGAGUGGGUUGAAGGGACGGAGGGUCCCGGAGCGGAGCGCGUCGCUUUCGGACUCAAGAACAGAGAACAAGGACCAACUCAUGAUGCGGGACGAUGCGGGGUUCUCAAUGCCGACGAAUCGUGCGGUUGAGGAGCUGGUGCAUUCCAUAACUCAAAUGAAAGACCGCAUAGAGAAACUGGAAUAUGAAAUGGCCCCACCAGCGUUCAAUCACACAGACACAAGCUCACAGAAAGCCACAGGCGCUAGCUCUAGCACUUCUCGUAAGCCAGUGGCAGCCACACAGAGACGAGUGGAGGACCUUCAAGGAGAACUGAAGAGAAAGAUAAAACUACUGGAGGAAGAGAGAAAAGCUCUACGCAAAGAGACGCAAAAACACCAGGAGCAUAUUGACUACGGACUGGAUACCGUACACCAGCGGAUAAGCGGCCUGCAGAAAGGUCUGUCUGAGAACAAGUUUCCAGAGGGUUACCGGCUCUCAUUCCCCAUACGUAGUAGCUCCAUGUAUGCCAUUGUAAAGCAGGAAAUCCCAGCCCUCCACGCUCUCACCAUCUGUAUGUGGUUCAGGCCUGCCAAGCGCAUCAUGGGAACAGCAGUUUCGUAUGCUGUAUCUGGUCAGAGCCAUGAGUUUGUGCUACAGCAGCUGGUUCAUGGACCCAUUGAACUUAUAAUUAAUAAUGAGGUAGCGCUGUUGCCACUGAACUUGACAGUGGGCAGAUGGCAGCAUAUGUGUGUGAGUUGGAACCAAAGGUCUGGAGUGUGGCAUGCCUACUUAGGGGGCAAGCUAAAGAGUCAAGGGAGUGACCUGGCAGCACGGCACUCCAUCCGACCGGGAGGAACUCUCAUACUUGGCCAAGAACAAAGCUCGAUGGGUGGUCUUCGUUUCGAUGCAUCGCGGGUUCUGGUGGGAGAGCUGUCCCAGUUUAACAUGUGGGAUCGACUGCUAUCACACUCAGAGCUCUCUGCUCUCGCCCAUUGCAGCACAGAUAUGAUGGGUAAUGUAGUGCCCUGGACCAGCCGAAAGGUAGAGGUUUUCGGAGGGGUCAUCAAGCAACCGGCCGAUCACUGCGACCACCGCAUCAGUGCAAGGCAGUGAUGAGCUCCUGAUCAGGGAUAGUUUUAGGGUCGAAGAUGUGCACGGCAGAGAUUGUUGAGGGAAGAUAAACCCAUACCGCCAUCAAACAUUUGUGUAGACAGCUUUAAAGGAAUAGUUCAAAUUCGGUCAUCAUUUACUGUCCCUCAUGUUAUUCCAAACCUGUGCCGUUAUCUUUCUUCCGAAUGCCCAAGCUGCUCUUUUUUCCAUACACUUAGUAUGGAACUGGGGCUGAGUGCCACAAAGGUAAGAAAAGCUCAAUAAAAGUACAAUAGUCCAUAUGCUUCAUGCACUAUAUACCAAGUCUUCUGAAGCCAUAAUAGAUUUGUGUGAAAAACAGACCAACAUUUUUGUAAUUAUUCACUGAUAAUCUGCACAUUCAAGGAUGACUUUUGUUUAGAAGAAAGAGAGUUAUACAGGUUUAGAAUGACAUAAGGGUGGGUAAACAAUAACAUCGUUUUCAUUUAUUGAGUGAACUGUUGCUUUAAGCAAGGGAUUGGGAAACACUAUGUUAUUUUAUUACAGUAACACAUUUCUUGUAUUUCUUAUAUUUUACGUCUUUCAGUCUUGCUUAUAAUAUGUCUGAGAGACAAACAUCACUUAAAACACAUUAUGAGGGAUCUUAAGGCUCAAUGCAUGGUGAAAGUAUGUAUGUAUAUAUAUAUAUAUAUAUAUACUGCCACAGUUCAAAGCAAGCAUUUGCAUACUUUAGAUUUGUUAUUCUUAACUAUGUAAUUGCUUUCAAUUAGAUUUGAAAGAAACACACGCAAACAUCUGGGAGUCUGUUCGCCAUGUUUGUUAUCAGUCUGCCAUUUGGGUGAGUUGUUUUUAUAUGUUUGAUGUUUUAUUCUUGUUUUUUCAAGGGUUUUUUUUUUUUAUGAUGUUUUUGUAAUACUUUGAAUCAUGCUGUUUCUAUGGUGAUCACUCCAAUAGACUGGAUCCAUAUUGGUCAAGCCAGUCCCUAUUUUAUUCUCCUAAAACCCUUUUGCAUCACAUCAAAAUCACAUUCAGUAAGACUGAACAGCAAAGAAAUGGAGUUCAAUGUAACUGUUUAAAGAUGACAUUUGGCUAAAUGAAUAAAUCAGCAAUAUUUGUAAUCAAUAAUUCCUUAUAAAAACCUUUAAAAUAAAUAAACCUUUAAAGCCAUGGUUUUGAAACCCUUUAAAAUGUGGCAUCUACAGUGACAUACUUUUCAGCAUUCCUGUUAAAAUUAACCUGCAUAUAUCUACAGUCAUGUAAAUAUCUUCUCAUGCUGAGAAAGAAGCAUAUAUAUUAAGAUAAAUAUACACAAAUGUAUACAACAAUCCACUGAUCAAAACUGUAUUUGUAAAAUAAGCUAAUAAACAUUUCACAUUGUUUAAUAUUUAUUUGUACAUUCCACAAUGCAUCUAUAUGUAAAUGUGACUGCUUAUAUAAAUCGCAUCACACCUGUAAUACACUGUGUUAUUCUGUAUGUGGAUUAUACUGAAUGUAUUGUGUAUGUAAUAUACAGCAGUUUUUGUGGCCUUGCCAAAUAAAGACCCAAAUAUAUGGACAUUUUAUUAUAGCGUACUGAAUUGAAAUUAUGGAUGUGGAAACCAUUGUUAUGAAUGUUGCAGUUGUUUUAUAGGCAUGAAGUUUAAGAUUUCCAUUGAUACCGGAGUAUAAUCUCAGAUGGCUGGGAACUGAUUUAACUUGUUGCUGACUGUUUCUGAAAGAUUGUUUUACCAAUGACAUUUUUUGGCUUUUCACUCUGAUACAUUGCGUAUUUGCUCUUGUUAGUGCCGUUGGCAUUUCUAUGGUUAUUUUGUGAUGUUUAAUUCUUUUAAUGUACACAAACAAGAUUUAAACCUUAUUCACAAAGAGUUGUUUGGAAAGAAUUGAUCAUAGGUGCCAAAUGCAAUGUUUUGAAGGCUGGAAUAAGUUUGAUAUGGUCUUUCUUUUUGGCAUUCUUGCAUUUCUAUAUUUUUUAUAUAAUUUUUUCUUUUCUCCUGGAAUCUCUUCAUCUCUUGCAUCCUGUUCUGUGUCUUUGUCUGUAUUAAACUGGAGACCAAAUGUGUUCAAAUCUAAAAUGACAUGUGAGAAUUAAAAUAUAUAGCACA